AUGGCCGAAGUUCUGGACGCUUCAGAGGAAAACCUUGACCGACGCCGAGAAAGAAACGCUAGCACUGACAAUCCCUCGGUCGCAGCCCCUUCCGAUGCUGCUCCCGAAGCCGCAUCGCCGCCUCCUCCUCCUCCGCCCCCGCCACGCCGAGGCAACCGAGACCGUGGGCGUGACUCUAGAGAGCGGCGUGACGACCGGGACUUUGACCGUCCUCCUCGGCGCGAGUACUACGAUCGGAACCGAUCCCCGCCCCCACCGCCGCCGCGCGAGAGGGACUAUCACAAGCGCGGCAGGCUGAGUCCCAGCCCUCCACCGCCGGCUUACAGGGACCGACGCCCGCAUUCGCCUCCUCCAAGGAGAUCGCCCCCGUACAAGCGGAGGAGGGACGAUAGUUAUGAUGGAAGGAGGGGAAGUCCCAGAGGAGGACACGGGCCAGGGGAGAGAAGAUUUGGGUAUGAUUAUCCCGGUGGGUACGAGCGUGAUACUGGGGGUAGAUAUCACGAUGAAAGGCCUCAUGGUCGAAACAUGGGCCGUGGUGGCUAUCAAGAUUGGGGUUCUGGUCGUGGUGGUUUUGCUGAUGCUUUUAAUGUGGGGGGAAUCCAAAGGGAAGGAAUGAUGUCUUAUAAACAGUUUAUUCAGGAGCUUGAAGAUGAUAUCUUACCAGCUGAAGCUGAGCGCAGGUACCAAGAGUACAGGACAGAGUAUAUAUCUACGCAGAAAAAAGCGUACUUUAAUGCUCAUAAGGAUGAAGAAUGGUUAAAAGACAAGUAUCACCCAGCCAACCUGGUUGCUGUUAUAGAACGGAGGAAUGAACUUGCAAGGAAGUUAGCAAAGGAUUUUCAGCUUGACUUGCAGAGUGGGACUUUGGAUGUAGGCCCCAGUUUCAGUCCUUCCCCAUCAAACAAAGUUGAACAGCUUGGUGAGCCUAAUUCUGAUGAUGAACCUGAUGCUGCUGCUAAAAGAAAGCGGCCAGGUCAUGCAGGUGCCAAAGAGUCUGAUAUUUUGUCUGCCCCAAAAGCCCACCCGAUAUGCUCGGAGCCCAGGCGAAUCCUAAUCGAUAUUGAACAAGCUCAGGCUCUUGUCCGGAAACUCGACAGCGAGAAGGGAAUCGAGGAUAAUGUCUUGUGGAGAGCUGAUAACGAUAGAACUGGCAGAGAUAAGUCACACGGGAGCUCGAGUGGUCCUGUAAUUAUCAUCCGUGGAUUGAAUACAAUUAAAGGCCUUGAGGGUGUCGAGCUUCUGGACACCCUCCUCACUUAUCUCUGGCGCAUUCAUAGGGUCGACUACUAUGGACUGGUUGAGUCGAAUGAGGCCAAAGGCCUACGCCAUGUGAGGGUGGAAGGCAAGAGUUCUGAGGGUGCCAUUAAUGGGAAUGAGUGGGAAAAGAGAUUGGAUUCCAAGUGGCAGGAGCGGCUGAAGGGUUCUGAUUCUCUGGAGAUUAUGACUGGGAAGGAGAAAAUAGAUGCAGCUGCUGCUGAAGCUUUGGACCCAUACGUCCGUAAAAUCAGAGACGAGAAAUAUGGGUGGAAGUAUGGGUGUGGGGCAAAAGGCUGUACAAAGCUUUUCCAUGCUUCUGAGUUUGUUCACAAGCAUCUGAAGUUGAAACACCCGGAACUUGUGACGGAGCUCACGUCGAAAUUGCGUGAGGAGCUAUAUAUUCAGAACUACAUGAAUGAUGAAAAUGCACCCGGAGGGACGCCCAUCAUGCAGCUUUCGUUGAAGGAGAAACCACAGAGACGUAGGCCUGGCAUGGAUAAUAGAUUAAGAGAUGAAAGGGGAAAUCGAAGAGAACGUGAUGGCCGUGCCAAUGGAAAUGACAGAUUUGAUAGGUCCGAGAAUCCUCAGUCUGGUGAUUUUGCCAAUAGCGAUGGGAACAAUCCGGAUGAGCCUUUAUUUGAUUCGUUUGGUGGGCAAGGCAUACCAGUUGCAGCCUUCCCUUCGGAUAUACCUCCCCCAGUGCUGAUGCCUGUUCCUGGUGCUGGUCCACUGGGCCCUUUUGUUCCCGCUCCUCCUGAAGUUGCCAUGCAAAUGAUGCGGGACCAAGGAGGUCCAACCCCAUUUGAGGGAGGCAGAUCAGGACCCCCAUUAAGUGGACCUUCGCCAAUAAUUGCCUUGCCACCCACUCUCCGACAGGAUCCUCGGCGUUUGCGAAGCUAUAAUGACCUGGAUGCUCCAGAUGAUGAAGUCACUGUGAUAGACUACAGGAGUUUAUAG